AUAACCCUUAAGCGAUAACGCGCGCCUUCUUUUUUUACCUAUUAUUUUAUUUUCCAUCUACUUCCAAUCUUCCCGCCAAAACAACUUGGCGCCAUAUUUACACGCUUCUGUCUUGUAUUUCACAAUGUCUCUCUCAUCACUCUCUACACUCUCGCGGUGGAGCUUGGGCUGCCAUUCUCAGGAAAACAUUUUCGACAUUGUGAUGAAUGUGCAUACAAUAGCAAAAGGAAUAUAAAUUUCUUAUUCAUCCAAUGGAGCUCCGAAGUUGCAGUCAUCUGCACUUUAUCCAGGCUAUCAGGGGAGGCAUAGUGACAAAGUUUCUGAAUGUAAAUUCUUGUGGAAAGCCAGCACUUGUGUUCAAGCAGAUCAAAGAUAUUUAUGUCAGUGAAGAUGCCAAAACUAAUUCAGUUUCAAUGCUUAAGCCAACAGCUGAGAAUGACGGUAUUAGGGUGAAGAUUGACAGGACAUGUUUGCCAAUUACAAAGAGAGAACCGAUUGGAAGUGAUUCUGAAACAUUUGGAAGUGAUUCUGAAACUUAUGGGUCUGAUAGCCAUGGUAGUUGUGAAGAAGGAAACAGCGACUUAGAUGAUGAUUUUAGCUUCAGCAGCAUGACAUUGAAACAACUGAAGGAGAGAUGCAAAACAAAGAAAAGGAAACUUUCAAAAUUUGUUGAUUUGACUAAAGAAGACAUUGAAACUUGCUCCCCUGUAAAGCAAGAAUAUUCUGACUUGUUGCUGGAGGAUGAUGAAUUUGAUCUCAAGGAACCUCUGAUUAGCUGGAAAGCAAGGCUUACUAAGAAUUCGAAGGCUAAGAAGAGGUGCACCAGUGAGCAUAUUUCUACAUCCUCCCAAAGUGCUGUCUCAGUUGUUAAAUCUAAACUUACCCUAAGUGAUCAGGGUUUCCAGCAAUCUACCAGGGAUCUACCAACACCUGUUAAAGUUAAAGUUGAGGUUCCUGAACCUGAUUACUCAGAUAGCCAAGGUGUUGCUGAUGUUUGCUCUAUGGUACAAGUCGAGGUUGGUGGACCUGAUUACUCUGGUAGCCAAAAUGUGACUUGUGUUGCUGAGGAUGAGGUUCCUGCAUCUGAUUACUCAGAUAGUCAAGGUGAUGCUAAUAAUUGCUCUAUGGGUUGUAAUGAGCAAGUUAAGGUUCCUGUGCCGGAUUACUCCGCAACGCAAAGCGUGACCUGCAAUGCUGAUGAUUCCUCGGAUUGUAAUGAGCAAGCGGGUUCUUGUGAAGUAGUAUCCAGUAAAAUGCUUGAAAAUGACAGUGAAUCUGUUUUGGAGACUAGACACUCGAUUACUUUCACAGAACAACCUCAAGAGUGUGAUGUUAAUGAAAUCUCCUAUGAAUAUAGAGAAAAUGCCCAACCUAACUCUCUUCCUAAUGUAGGUCCUACGAUUGCAGAAACUUUAGAGUUGGAUAAUCCAGAAAGCAAUAACCAAGCCUCAGUUUUGUCUGUAUCAGAAUUUAAGAAUGAGGAUUUCAUUACUUAUCCACUGCCCCAAGGCAUCCCUCCACUAACAAUUUCUCCCACCAAGAAGCAUAACUUUGCCUCAGCUUCUCCUGCAUCAGAGAUUAAGGAUGAAGGGUACACUAUACAGCUAUUGACCCAAGACAUCUCUCCUCAAGUACUUUCUCCCACCAAGGAACAUAAUUCUGCCUCAUUUUUGCCUGGAUCAGAAUUUAGGAAUGAAGAAUAUGUACAUCUACUGGCCCAGGGCAUCUCUCCACAAACACUUUCUCCCCAGGACAUCUCUCCAGAACAUAGUUCUGACACAUGCAAUAGUUCCGAAAGUUAUUCUUUAAACAGUAGUAAUGGGGUUCAAGUGCCUGAUACUGCCAUUGAUAAUAGCCUUCAUUGCAUGGAACCUAGUUAUGGAGGUGUUGCUUCUGUGUUCGAGGACGAUCAUACAGGGGAUUUGCCUUCUACUCUUCAAGCCAGUUCUGCAACCAUCCCUGGUGGCAAGUGCAGCUCAUCUUGGAAUUCCAAUCUAUGCCAUGGUCCAACUAGCUGUUUGGUUCCUGAGGGUGAUGAUUUGCCUGCAACAGAGGUGAAGCAACUCCUAAUGUUUGCUGGUUCUGAUGCAGCAGGAAACUGCUCAUGGAGUCAUUCUUGUGACACUACUGAUGAGGAACUCACAUCAGUUGUAAUGGAAAAUUAUCAACAUUCAGAGCUUCAGCAUGGUCCUGAAAGGCUCUUUUCUACCAGAAAGGCAAUUUCUCCAACUUCUCAGGAAAGGCUAUGUCGGGCUAUGAAUUCCAUCGACUUGUGUGAUAACCUGGAACCAUAUGAAUGUAAAAUUAAGCUACGCUUUGCAAAACGGACAGAGGGCAGGACUUCAUCAGCAGAACCAGAUUUUGUGGGAGAUGAAGUAGAUAUUGGUCCGGGAGGGCCUGAACAAAGCAGUAGAAAUGAAGUCACUGUUAUUUCCAAGCAGAGCAUUAGGAGAAGAAAGAAUGAUAUGAAAGGUUCCCAUCCUAAAGGCAUUCUCAAGGUUCCCCAGCUUUCUCGUGGGCUACCACAUCUUAGCAAUACGUGCACCUCCAGCCAAAGUUAUUCACAGAGUGCCAUUUCAUUCUCACAGAGACAGAUGCAUGACAUUGAAUGUCUUGCAGCAAAGCUCACGAGAGAGUUGAAAUCCAUGAAGGACAUUGUGGAAGAAACGAUGCACUCUGAAGUGUGCCCAUCAUCAUCGAGAUAUGGCACUGAUGAGGUAAGAACAGCCAUUGAGAAUGCAAAUAAAGUUGAAGAAACUACAAAAAGGUGGCUUUCCAUGAUGGCAAGGGACUGCAACCGAUUCUGUAAAAUCAUGAGACUGACUGAGAAUGAGUCUGUUGCUUCUGGAAAUACAAUCCACAAGGAGAGGAAAAAGAUUACUUUUGCGGAUGAAGCUGGUGGAGUGCUGUGCCAUGUCAAGCUUUUUUAUGAUGGCAUGGCUUCUCCAUUGGAGCCAAAUGGCGAGAAACAGGAACUGAUGGCUAAAUAAUCUGAGAAGCGUUUGCUUGUUGUGCUGUACAUUAUACUCUUCUUGAUAUUUAGAUGCUAUGCUAAUUAAACGCUCCCACCUAAGGAUAAUUUCAAUGAAGAGCUGUAGAUGCUUGUCUUGCAUUCGCUGCAUUCAAGAUUUGAAGGUAAACCCAAAAGCUGUGAUCUUCUAUAUUUGAAUAUGUCUGCUAGUUAUACUGCAAUGUUCUCUUUUUUAUUUUUUGUUGGGGGUUCCUUUUUCCUUUUUGCUUACAUCUCCAAUUAUGUUGCAUUGUAUAGUAGUAUGGAUGAUUGCCGAGCAUGAAAUAGGUGGAAUUUCUCCGGAUAGUAGUUAUCUGAAAGCCCAUAUUCUUUUUA